UGCCGGGCCGUCACACACUCCAGUGUGUGUCCCGCUGCCGUCUGGACGGGAACAGACGUCUCCGCCGCCCGGGGGACGCUGGACCAGGAGGCAGGGAGGAAAUGGAGGAAAGUUACGAGACGCUGGAGGUGGAGCUGAGUCCACCAGCUGAUCCUGCUCCCCAGAGAGCUGUGAGACAGACCCGGAGGCCAGGGAGAGACGAGACGCCACUUCUCUUCCAAACUCCCUGGAGAAACACACCUGACAGACCAAGACCUGCUCCUGCCUCUGGUCCAUACUCCUCCUCACGCCCUGACCAGUGCAGCUCUAAUUACAUACCACCAUGGUUGAGACCUUCAGGGGUUCAGGACCCUCAGGCGUCGAGGACUUUGCAGUGUUCAGAAAUGAUGAGCAGCAGGAGGAGCCGAGAGGACGUUCCUCCACUUCAUCAGCAGCUGAGAGCAGAACCGAAGGCUCCACCCAGAGAACCCACCUCUCUGCAGGAGCCCCCUCCCGUCCACAGCCUGAGCCAGGAGGAGCGGCCCUGGGAGAACGUGACCCUGAACCGCUGCCUCCUGGUGGCCAUCUCCAUCCUGGUCCUGACCUCCGGGUUCCAGCGGCUGAACGAGACGCUGCGAGGACAGAGGACGGCGGAGGACGAAGACGAGGAGGCGGGGCUGACCGUGAGGCGUUCAGGGUCCGUACGACACAGAGGACACACCCUGGAGCCAGAGUCCUCUCUGUGGGACGUCAUGCUCUGGUGGCUGCCGGACCUCGAUGAUGAAGAUGACGAUGAGGAGGAGGAGGAUGAAGGAGGCUGAUGAAACCCAGAGACGCUGCGCUGAGGGGCCGCAGAGCCAGGAAGGAGGCGGAGCCUGAGGAGGAGGAGGAGGAGCCUGAGGAGGAAGAGCAGGAGCCUGAGGAAGAGGAGCAGCCUGAGGAGGAGGCAGAAGAGACGGCGCCCAGGAAGAGCAAGAAGAACCAGAGACAGAGAAAGACUCA